UGUAACGUCAAAAUUAUCAAACCGCGAUAUUUUUCCGCCAGAAAAUUUAUUUUUCGUGCCUUAAAAAACUCCAAAAAAAAUGGAUAAUCAAGCCAAAGUUAGGCAGAGUAUGAGUGAGAGUGCGCACCGUCGCCAGAUGUAUCAGAAACUCUUGGAGACGGGCUCCGGAAUAAACGACAGUCUCGAAGAGGAGGAUUUGCUAAAGACUCUGGCCAAGGUGAAUAAACUCACACGUGAUGGCAAUGAAAUGUUUGGUGAUCAGAAGGAGAAUGAGGAGCCACGACAGGCAUCGGAAGUUGUCAUGGACAUUCAGGUGCUUAAGAUGAGCAAUGAAAUUGUUUCCAAGUCAAUGAAGAGCAAAGGCAUGACUGAUUUCUACGAUGAUGAAUUUGUUAAUGCCAUAAAGGAGCUUAUUGUUGAUGCCAAUCAGCAGUGGAGUUGGCAAAAAUUGGUACCAAUUUGGGGGAAGAGAAUGAAGCAGGGAAGUUUCUAUGGGUACACACUCUUGGGGAGUUUUGGGGAGAUUGUGAAGAAGAAGGAGGAAGCGGUGCCAAAGCAGCGUGCAAAGCGAGCCAAAAAUACCGUUGUGGAGGAAAAGAAACCAGAAAAUGUGGCAAAAUUGAAGCAGGAGACAAAGAGCAGUCAGAGAAUCAAUGAUGUCUAUCGUCAAGUAUUGAGAAUCUUCGAUGCACGUCAGCGCAAACCAAUUCCAUUUUUCGAGCUCGUCUGUGAUCCAAAUUGCUUCAUGACCACCAUCGAUAACAUCUUCCAGGUAUCAUUCCUGUGUCGUGAGGGUAUCCUGGCUAUAACAGACGACGAUAACGAUAUGGGAUACCCCACAGUGUUGCCACAGAAGAAGGGUGGAAAUUCCCAAAUCGUCAAAGAUACCACACAAUCUGUUUCCACAAUCAAUUAUGUCUUCUGGCAGCAGUGCAUCUCCAAGUACAACAUUCGCAAAGCUCUGCUGCAGAAUACCAAAACUUCCCGGGCUUCUGAACCUUCAACUUCUAAAUAAGUUCUCUGGGUGGAACAGCAAUUAUUUCGCUAAAAGACUGUUUUUGUAAAACUUUAAGUUUCCGUUUUUUUAUUAUUUUUUCUUCAUACAACACACACACACAGCAAAAUAUGUGAAUUCCAUACAAUAGAAAUGUUUUUGAGAAAUUUAUAAUUUUUUUUCUUCAUGUGAAGGAUUUCUAGUUUAGACUAUUCCCAAAAGAAUUCCUUACUUAACAAUAUUUCUUGUAUUUCUAUCAAAAGGGAAUGAAUUCUAGAAUUUUAUGAAUUUUCCAAUAGGUUUCCUUAGGACAUUGCAUUAACGAAAGGAUGCUGAAAUGAAUUCAUGAGAUUUGUCGGAUGCAAAGAAAAUUACAAUUAGAUAUUUAAAUAAAUUAAUUUUAGUAUAUCGACAGAGAAUUUAUUAGAUUUGCGUAGAGAAUAAGAAAUUUUAUAAAAUUAUUUCUAAUAAAAUGCUCAAAAUUUGCGCCAAAAUA